AUGUAUGCCCACAGAAAAACAUUGCUCCUCUAGGAUCUCGAAAUAUGAAUUAUGUAACUUAUAAUGUCAUGCGUAUAGUAUCACAUUUCUCUAUAUGAAAUUAUAAUUAUAUUCCCACCAAGCACACCAUGCUUUUUCCUCUUGAUUCGUUUGUUGUCUCUUUUCCAUUGAAAUUUUCACAACAUAUAUAUAUAUAUAUAUAUAUAUAUAUAUCCCUAAUCCCAUGUUUAUGUAUAAGUUUCUAGUUUCUUAUAUAAACCUCUCACAUAUACAUAUUUUGUAGCUCUCAUUCACACAGAUAUAACCCUAAUGGCCUAUGUUGAUUGCCAUGAAAAUUCCAUUAUUGCUCCUACCUCCAUCAAUACUGUAAAACUUUUUGGUAUUAACAUUCAAGAAGAAGCUUGUUUGAAUCAAUCUCCUUCACUAUCACAAUCACGAUCGGAAUUAUCUGAGUCUUUGAAUGGGAGAAAACUAUACGAGUGUCAAUAUUGUUGUAGAGAAUUUGCGAAUUCGCAAGCGUUAGGAGGACACCAGAACGCGCAUAAGAAAGAAAGACAGCUUCUGAAACGUGCUCAAAUGCAAGCUGCUCGUAGCUUUGUACCUUCGCAUUAUCAUAAUACAUUUAUGUUUGCACCACCGCAGCAUCAUUUUGUGGUCGGUGGUGGAUCGUCGCAGGUACCUUCGUCGUCGUGGCUAUAUACUAUGCAAGGAGCGAAUUCGGGAGGAGAUCGUAGCCAUCAGCAUCAGGCGAGACUUGGUGGAUUCAAUAGAGGUAGCGAUUGUAGUGAUGGAUUUGGUUUAAAUUUGCAUCUUCGUUUAUAAUAAGUAUACCAGUACAUGAAAAGUUAGAAGUGUUUAUGUACUUGGUUAUCGGUAUGUCCAUGUUGUGAGACAUCGUGUAGUUUUCUUAUGAAAUUGUAUUUUGUUUGUUUCGAAAACUCUUUUCGAGGGAGACAUAGAAAACUCUCUUGUUAA